UGUCAGCUGACAGUUGGGACCAACCAGCGGGUGUAGCAUCUCAACUGAGGAGACCCUGAAAGGAGAAAAAAGCCUCCCGUGUCCCCUACUAACCUCACCAGCCGCGGAGAACCGGACAGCCGUUAGCCCCGACACACGGCCGCGUCUUCCCGCCACACGCAGGAUGAGUGUCGGCGCUCAGAAGGGCCUGGCCAGCUCGGGGCAGAAGCCCAUCGCGGAGAUCCUCCACCCGCUGUCCGCCGCCGAGGAGCCGUUCUCCCCGGGGCCAGAUGUCACCGCGAACGUCGGCGGAGACAAGGAAGCCGGGCUGACCAAUGGCACGCCAGUGGAGACAUCCAGCCCCGCCUCCGUGUCCUCGCUGUUCAACCGGCUGCAGCUGGACGACGACCUGGACGCGGACUCUCGGGAUCCCUACGGCUGCACAGAAACCCGUGACCUGUUUGUCACGGUCGACGACCCCAAGAAGCACGUGUCCACCAUGGAAACCUACAUCACCUACAGAGUCUCCACCAAGACGACACGGAUAGAGUUUGACCUGCCGGAGUACUGUGUGAGACGGCGCUACCAGGACUUCGACUGGCUGAGGAUAAAAUUAGAGGACAGCCAACCGACCCACCUCAUCCCUCCGCUGCCGGAGAAGUUUGUGAUGAAGGGUGUGGUUGAUCGCUUUUCAGAAGAGUUUGUGGAGACGAGGAUGAAAGCGCUGGACAAGUUCCUGAAGCGAGUGGCUGACCACCCCGUCCUCUCCUUCAACCCACAUCUGAACGCCUUCUUGUCUGCCAAGGACCUGAACAAGCGUCAGGGUCUGGCUCUGCUGACCAAGGUGGGCGAGUCGGUCAAACACGUGGCGGGGGGUUAUAAGAUGCGGGCACGGCCACCUGAGUUCUGCGCCAUGGGAGAAUAUCUGGACACCUUCAGCCAGAAACUGGGAACUAUCGACCGCAUCGCCCAGAGGAUCCUGAAGGAGCAGUCAGAGUACCUGACAGAGCUGCGUGAGUACGGCACCCUCUACUCUAGCUGGGCGGGGUCGGAGGAGGAGCUGCGGCGCCCCCUGGAGGGUGUGGCGGGCUGCGUGACCACGUGCUGCACAGGCCUGGAGGACCUCAGUGAGAACAUGAGCCAGGACUUCCUGCCCGUUCUCAGAGAGUACAUCCUCUACAUCGAGUCCAUGAAGAAUGUUCUGAGGAAGCGAGACCUGAGUCAGGCGGAGUACGAGGGUCGACUAGAAGCAGCUGUAUUACGCAAACAGGAGGACAGAACGCCUAUCCCGAUGGAGGUGGAGAAAUGUCAGGACAAAGUGGAGUGUUUCAACGCUGACCUGAAGGCGGACUGGGAGCGCUGGCAGAGCAACAAGAGGCAAGACUUCAAACAGCUCCUGACGGGAAUGGCCGACAAAAACAUCAACUAUUAUGAAAAGUGCCAGGCGGCGUGGGAGUCGCUCAUAACCCUCCUGCAGGACAAACAGACUGAGGACAAAACAAGUGAGACGAACUGAACCGUGUCCGGCCCUUCUACCGGUGUCUCUUUCAUGCCAAGGAAAAGGACCAACGGGGCGGCGGGUUUCACUGCUGGACUUUGUCCCGGUUCACGUCGGAGAUGCUUGUUCGGGAGGGAGCGAAGGAGGUAACGUGCAGGGUUCAAGGACGGCUGGGAAAGCGGAUACGCCUCCUAUGUACAGACACUUUUCCUUUGUUUUUUGUUGUUGUUCUUACUGACUUUUUUUCUGUUUUCAUAUUACAGUUUAACCAGUCGGUUGCCAA